UCGUAGCCCGCCAAAAUAUCGUGAAACGGCUGUCCUUAGUGUGUGCUUGCGGUUGAGAAGUAUUUUUGUUAUUUUAUGUAGUGUUGAAGGGAGUAGAACAUAAUGGCAGGAAAGGAUUAUAUUAAUGAUAAAGAAAAACUUAAGCAGUUCUUAAUAGAAUUUGCUGCCAUCGAUGCAGAAGGUCACAAAGACUUCAAAUAUGUGCAUCAGUUGGUGAAGAUAGCACACCGAGAGAAGGUGGCCCUGAUUUUUGAACUCGAUGAUGUAUAUGAAUUUGAUAGUGGAUUGGCAGAAGCAAUUGUGAACAACACACGUCGAUAUGUCAGCAUUGCAUCUGAAGUUGUCUAUGAGAUGUUGCCAGACUACAAGCAACGAGAGGUGACAGCAAAGGACUCGCUUGAUGUGUAUAUAGAACAUCGCCUGCUGAUGGAGCAGCGCCUGCAUCAGCCUGGUGAACAGAGGGACCCACGUAACAAGUAUCCACCAGAGCUCAUGAGACGCUUUGAAAUAUAUUUCAAAGACUUGAGCCUGAACAAGCCAAUUCCAGUUCGAGAUGUGAAGGCAGAACACAUUGGCAAGUUGGUGACAGUACGGGGCAUAGUGACACGAUGUACUGAAGUGAAACCAAUGAUGGUGGUCGCCACAUACACUUGUGACCAGUGUGGUGCAGAAACCUAUCAGCCGGUGAACUCACUCACCUUCAUGCCUCUUGCUAUGUGUCCAAGUGAGGACUGCAGAGUCAACAAGGCAGGCGGCCGCCUCUAUCUGCAGACCCGUGGCUCCAAGUUCAUCAAGUUCCAGGAGCUGCGAAUUCAGGAGCAUAGUGAUGCUGUGCCUGUCGGGAACAUCCCUCGCAGUCUUACUGUACUGUGUCGUGGCGAGACUACUCGCCAAGCUCUACCGGGUGACCACGUCUCAGUUUCAGGCAUCUUCCUUCCCCUGUUGCGCACCGGGUUCCGACAGAUAGCCCAGGGUCUACUGUCUGAGACGUUUAUGGAUGCACAUCGUGUGGUGCACCUGAACAAGACAGAAGUUGAUGAAGCUCCAGCCGCAGACCUGACACCAGAAGAAGUGCAGCAAUUAACUCACGAAGACUUCUACGGCCUUCUGGCAAGCUCCCUUGCACCUGAGAUCUAUGGACAUGAAGAUGUGAAGAAAGCUUUGCUGCUUCUGCUCGUGGGUGGUGUGGACCGUCGACCUCAGGGAAUGAAGAUACGAGGCAACAUCAACAUCUGUCUCAUGGGUGACCCAGGUGUUGCCAAGUCUCAGCUUCUGUCAUACAUCGAUCGGUUGGCAGCUCGUAGCCAGUACACAACUGGUAGAGGUUCAUCAGGAGUCGGUCUCACUGCAGCUGUCAUGAAGGAUCCCUUGACUGGUGAGAUGAUGCUAGAAGGUGGAGCACUUGUACUUGCUGACCAAGGCAUUUGUUGUAUUGACGAGUUUGACAAGAUGGCUGACUCUGAUCGAACCGCCAUACAUGAGGUGAUGGAGCAGCAGACAAUCUCAAUUGCCAAGGCAGGGAUCAUGACUAGUCUGAAUGCACGAGUUAGCAUUCUGGCGGCAGCAAACCCAGCGUUUGGAAGGUACAACCCGCGUCGCACAGUGGAGCAGAACAUUCAGCUUCCUGCAGCCCUCCUGUCUCGUUUCGACCUGUUGUGGCUCAUACAGGACAGGCCAGAUCGAGACAAUGACCUGCGACUGGCCCAACACAUCACGUACGUGCACCAGCACUGUAAGCAGCCACCAGCGACUGUGCAGGCCCUGGACAUGCGGGUCAUGCGCCGCUACAUUGCGCUCUGCAAGAAGCAAGAACCGGUCAUUCCAGAGGAGCUCACAGACUAUAUUGUGGAUUCAUAUGUGGAGAUGCGCAAGGAAGCACGAAAUGGGAAAGAUAUGACAUUCACAUCAGCAAGGAACCUUUUAGCCAUCCUGCGUCUCUCAACAGCUUUAGCUCGCUUGCGCCUGUCAGAACAAGUUGAAAAAGAAGAUGUGAAAGAAGCCAUUCGCCUUACAGAGAUGUCUAAAGAUUCCCUCAACCAUGCAGAAGAUCGGCAUGGAAGAGCCCAGAAUGUGAUGGACAGGAUCUACAGUGUGAUUCGUGAGCUGGCAGGAGAGAGCAAGACGGUGAAGAUGGCAGACGUGCUGGAGCGCUGCGCCAGCAAGGGCUACACACCUGACCAAGUGGAGGAGUGUCUGGAGGAGUAUGAGGAGCUGAAUGUGUGGCUCAUCAAUCAGGCUCGUACCAAGAUCACCUUUGUGUAACUGGGGCAUUGGGUUGACUGCUCAGCAGAUAUGGAAAAUGUUCUACCAGGGCUGCUUGAAGGUGUACCUCCAGCUGUGAGGCAGAAGAAUUUGUGGUUUCAGCAUGGCGGAACUGCAGUGCACUAUGGGGAAGGUGUCCACCAGUAGCAGAACAUGACUGACAUACCCAAGAAAGUGGAUUGGAUGCCAGUGUUUUAUGGUGGGGACAUCUGAAGGAGCAUGGUCAUGCAGUCCAUCUCAGACUUUCAAAGAUGUUGCAAGACUUCAGGUGGCUGUGACAUCAGUUACUGUCAAGAAGUGUUUGACAGAGUGCUAGGAUGCCACUUUGAACACCUGUUGUAGCUAUGAGGUGUCAGUGGUUUAAUCAUAUGAUAGCUUGUGCCAUUUGACAGUGACAUAUAUCUUGAAAAAAAGGUGCAGAGCAUAUGUUGUGUUCUAUAUUCUAUUAGUGUAUUUUAACAAGAAGUCACUGUGGAGAGUUUGUGUGUGAAUUUCUUUCCCCCCCCCCUGUAUAUAACUUCUGCAGAUGAUGCAACAUUGAUGUUCUGAACAUCAUGUCAUAAUGGUCAGCACUUCUGCUUCAUAUUCAAGAGGUCAUUGCAGAAAGCAGCUGUCGUGACAGCUUUAUAUUGCUUACCUUCCCCAUCCUUUCCAGUUCGUCAUUUUAUAUUAUGUAAUUAUAAAUAAUGCAGGAAUUGGAAAGAAGUAAUUUGCUCUUGUUGUUAUCAUGUCUGCCUUUCUAAAUAUUAUGACUGGUUUGUCUUACAGAUGUUACAAAGCAGCCAUCUGCCCUUUUAGAGAUCUUCCCAACUUGCUGCUUUCUCUGGAUUGAUAUAUUAUAAUUUUGUUCUUUCAGUAUGUUGUUUCCAUUUUACGAGUAUUCUGCGUGAAGGCAUUUUACUUGAAGUUUGUAACGCUUCUUUCACCUAACACUACAAAGAUCACUGAGUUCAACUGUUUAAAGUGUUCAUCUCUUGCUGUCUCCUCCUUGCAUUUUCUUUCAUCUCCACCCUGUUGCAGGCAUGAAGAGUCUUUGUAUUCCAAUGUUGUUCUUAAGACAUCUCUCCCUGUUCCUCUGCCUCAGUUACAUUUAACAUAACAUGUUCAGUGACUGUUUUAAGCUUCUGUUCAUCUCAGGACCAGUGUUCCAUGAUUAAUAUUCAGUGUCAUUGUCAUGAUAAACUUCAUCUGUUUCUCUGUUUUGUAGUCAUGUGACUUUGACAUCUGUGGUUUAUUGCUGAUACUUUUUUGGAAAUGUACAUUUUUACUGGAGUGCCAGAAGCCAGGCUGUUGGCAUGUCCUCACAUUUUCCUGAGUGAUGUCUAAGAGUGUCAAGAUUUUGUGUUCAAAAGUUGGAGGGUCCGCUAUGGGAUAUUUGCAUUCUGUUUUGAUUCUUCAUGUUUACAGAAGUGUACGUCCUGCUACCGAGCUAGUGAACAUUUUUGGUUUGUCACCAUCAUCAUCAAUGAUGUUCUCCACGGUUAAAUAAGUGAACCUGUCUUAGAGGUUGGGUGAUGGUGACAGCAUUGUGAAUGUCAUUCCAGUUGGCUGCAGAUGUUACAACAGGCAAACUCAAGUUAUGCGUCAUAACUGAUGAAUACACAUAAGAAUAUUAUUUGAAAAUUAGAAAUACGUAAUACAGGAAACUCCUCAGCUUCCACCAAUUGUGCAUCACAUUACUGGAGCAAGAUGCCCCAAUGGCCUAGUUUUACAUUCUUUUGUACCACCAUUCUGCAAAAUGAAAGUAUGGCUGCCAGUCCCUAUUCCUGGAUGGUAGAGAUUAAGGAGGUGACAUUAGUCUAAUAUGUAGAGACUGAAGUAAUUUUGUGUGGAAAGUUAUCAAGAUCGAUGUGUUCUUUCAUAGGAUAAUUUUUAAAAGUUUGGGGGUACAUCUCUGGGUCUGAAAUGAAAACAGAAAAACGACAUUUAUAAAAAAAUUAACUGUUAAUAUUUUUGUUUAUUGAUAUAUAUUGCCUUGGUUACAGUUUGCCUGUUUGUUACAUUAUUUUGUUUUAUGUACAAGAGCCAUGGCAUCCCAUUCUCUCUGCAGUAAACAGUAACAGUGGUGUAAAAUUUGGAUGUGUUGUGUGAAGAAAUAGAGUACAGUGGUAAAUUCA